AUGCUUGCGCUCCUUCCUUUACUCGCUGUCCAUGUUGUCGCCUUCGAUUUGGAAUCGGCUGGCGACAUGGCUCUGCUGCCAUCCGGUGACUUCAUCGACUUGAUAUCGCGAGAUGCCGAGAACGUGCCAGGCCCUCUGGCAUUCGGCAGCAAGUACAUCACUGGUGGAGCUGGUGAAGGUGAACAGAAGCUCCGCGAGGAGGAAAACUUCCAGCAAAGACAAGAGGUGAAGUCAGACAAUGUCCUGCCUGCGUAUUGUGAGCCACCUAAUCCGUGUCCUGUCGGAUACACUGCUGCCGAUGGAUGUAUAGAAGAGUUUGAGAACAGUGCGGAAUUCUCGCGGAAUUAUCAGGCUCAACAGCACUGCAUUUGUGAUCAAGAGCAUAUGUUCAACUGUGCUGAGAAGGAAGCGUCAAAUCUGGGAGCUUCGCUACAAGAAUUAUUGGACGAUCAGGCACUUCAUCGUAAUAUGAUCGCGAAAAAGUUCCACGAGAAGAGAAGCGGAGACGAGCUGCCACCCCGACGCAAGCGCUCAAUUCGACAUCAUCCACCUCACCAAAAAACGAACCCGUAUCUGCAGGGCGAGGUUCUGAAGACAGUUGUGAAGAAGAACGGCAGAAACGCAUGGUAG